UCCCGACACUUUCUGUAGAGACACGCCCGAGAAGGAGGCCAGUCUGAAAGAGCUCAUUGUGUUGGUCGUGAGUAAGGUUGGUGUGGAGUGUGCUGUGCUGUGUGUGGAUGCUGUAUUUAGUGUCAGCAUCAGGAGGAUUACACAUAUUGUAGAGGAUCGCUAAGCCUGAAUCAUGCACAUCAUCACCAUUACAACAAGCUGGGAGUGGUGCCGAAAUUGUGCAAGAUACGGAUAGGGUACACGUUUAUUAUAGUUUGAUAUCAAGGAUUGAGCGGUCGAUGUUUAAUUAAAUUAAGGAAAAUGAAUGAAGAGAACAAGAAAUACACCAUAUUGUAUAUAUCAUGCUAGAGGGAGACUUUGGAUACCACACGUUUUGCUGGUUUCUCCUCGGUUGUACUGCUGGAAACUGACUAGACUGGAUUAAAACAGGGAGGUGGUGGUGGCAGGUUUCUGACAAUAACGAACGGAUACAAUUUAUUGUGUCUCGUUUGAUCUGCGGUCGUUUUGAAGUCGAAGAGUAAAGGGGUGGAACAUCGCUGUUAAAAAAGAAAAAAAAACAAAACUAUCGACAUCAUGGGAAACGCAGGGAGUAUGGAUUCUCAGCACACUGAUUUCAGGGCUCACAGCAUGCCUCUGAAACUACCGAUGCCAGAGCCAGGUGAACUGGAGGAGAGAUUUGCCAUCGUUUUGAAUUCCAUGAACCUUCCUCCAGACAAAGCAAGACUAUUGCGCCAGUAUGACAAUGAAAAAAAAUGGGAACUCGUAUGUGAUCAGGAGAGGUUUCAAGUGAAGAAUCCUCCCCAUACCUACAUUCUGAAACUGAAGGGUUAUCUGGACCCAGCAGUUACCAGGAAGAAAUUCAGAAGAAGAGUGCAAGAAUCAACACAGGUCCUAAGAGAACUGGAAAUUUCAUUAAGAACAAAUCAUAUCGGGUGGGUUAGAGAAUUCUUAAAUGAAGAGAAUAAAGGCCUGGACGUACUGGUGGAAUAUCUGUCUUUUGCACAAUAUGCUGUCACGCUUGAUUUCGACAGUUUGGAGAACAAUGUGGAGAACUCGACGGAUAAGUCCAAGCCCUGGAGCAGGUCCAUUGAGGAUUUACACAGAGGAAGUAACUUGCCUUCUCCAGUUGGAAGCAGCAUUUCCCGGUCUAGCAGGCAUUCUACAUUACGGUAUAAUACAUUGCCAAGCCGGAGGACGCUAAAGAACUCCCGGUUAGUGAGUAAGAAGGAUGAUGUUCAUGUGUGCAUCAUGUGUUUAAGAGCCAUCAUGAACUACCAGUAUGGUUUUAACAUGGUCAUGUCGCAUCCGCAUGCCGUAAAUGAAAUUGCACUUAGUCUGAACAACAAGAACCCCAGGACAAAAGCUCUCGUUUUAGAGCUGUUAGCGGCCGUUUGUCUUGUCAGAGGAGGACAUGAAAUUAUUUUAUCAGCUUUUGAUAACUUCAAGGAGGUUUGUGCUGAGACACAGAGGUUUGAAAAAUUGAUGGAACAUUUCAAAAAUGAAGACAACAAUAUUGAUUUUAUGGUGGCGUGCAUGCAGUUCAUUAAUAUCGUGGUCCAUUCUGUGGAAGACAUGAACUUUAGAGUCCAUCUGCAGUAUGAGUUCACCAAGUUAUGUCUGGAUGAGUAUCUGGAAAAGCUGAAACAUACAGAGAGUGACAAGCUGCAGGUUCAGAUCCAGGCAUACCUGGACAAUGUUUUUGAUGUGGGGGCUCUUCUGGAAGAUGCUGAGACCAAGAACGCUGCUUUGGAACGAGUUGAAGAGCUGGAAGAAAACAUUUCUCACAUGUCAGAGAAACUGCAGGAUACGGAAAAUGAAGCCAUGGCCAAAAUUGUGGAACUGGAAAAGCAACUAAUGCAGAGAAACAAAGAACUGGAUUCUAUUAGGGACAUUUAUAGAGAUGCAAGUUCCCAGGUUCACACACUAAGGAGGCUGGUGAAAGAGAAGGACGAAGAAAUCCAAAAGCAGUCCAACUUGGAAAAGAAGAUCCAUGAACUGGAGAAACAAGGGGCACUAACAAUCCAGAAGAAAGGGGAUGGGGACAUUGCAAUCCAUACUUCAGGGCAGCAGGGGGUGCUGUCCACAGGCUCAGAAGUGGCCUGUGUAGGUCCAGUCGGUCCAACAGGCCCAGAUACUGGUGCUAUUCCUGGAGUGUCAAUGUCUCCACCUCCCCCACCCCCACUACCAGUGCCUGGGGCAGUGCCAAACGGACCAUCUGCUUCACCUGAGCCUCCCCCACCACCCCCUCCCCCUCCCCCUCCUCCACCCCCUCCCCCACCACCCCCUCCUGGACCUGCUGUGGAGACCGCCCCCCCACCCCCUCCACCUCCACCGGCAGCCCCGCCUCUUCCUGGCUCAGGCUGUCCCACCGUCAUCUUCAACUCAGGGUUAGCAGAGGGACCCAUCAAACUGUUCUCGGUGAAGAUCAAAAAGCCAAUCAAGACAAAAUUCCGAUUGCCAGUCUUUAACUGGGUGGCAUUGAAACCCAACCAGAUCAAUGGGACAGUCUUCAAUGAAAUAGAUGACGAGAAAAUCCUGGAGGAUUUAAAUGUGGAUGAGUUUGAGGAAAUGUUCAAGACAAAAGCCCAGGGUCCAGCUGUUGAUGUGACUUCUACCAAGCUGGUCAUUCAAAAGGGACCUAAUAAAGUCACAUUACUAGAAGCCAACAGGGCCAAGAAUCUAGCCAUCACCUUGAGAAAAGCUGGAAAGACAUCGGAAGAGAUAUGCAAAGCAAUUCAAAUGUUUGACCUAAGAACUUUACCAGUGGAUUUUGUUGAAUGUUUAAUGCGGUUCCUGCCGACAGAGAAUGAAGUGAAAGUACUGCGUCAGUAUGAGAAGGAAAAGAAACCACUGGAGAGCCUGACCAAUGAAGACAGGUUCAUGAUGCAGUUCAGCAAGAUUGAGAGAGUAAUGCAAAAAAUGACCAUUAUGGCCUUUAUUGGGAACUUUUCAGAGAGUGUUCAAAUGCUGACACCUCAACUUCAUGCAAUAAUAGCAGCGUCCGUGUCUAUAAAAUCAUCACAAAAACUGAAGAAAAUGCUUGAGAUUAUCUUGGCACUUGGAAACUACAUGAACAGCAGUAAAAGAGGAGCAGUAUAUGGCUUUAAACUACAGAGUUUAGACUUGCUUUUAGAUACCAAAUCAACAGACAGAAAGCAGACCUUGUUGCAUUAUAUUGCAAAUGUGGUGAAAGAGAAGUACAUUGAUGUCUCCCUCUACUACAAUGAACUCCACUAUGUUGAAAAGGCUGCAGCAGUGUCCCUGGAUAAUGUUCUGAUGGAUGUGAAGGAACUGCAGAGAGGAAUGGAUCUGACAAAGCGUGAGUACAGCAUGCACGGCCACAACACCAUUCUUAAAGACUUCAUCAACAUCAAUGAAGGAAAACUUAAGAAGCUGCAGGAUGAUGCCAAAAUCUCACAGGACGCAUUUGAUGAAGUACUUAAAUACUUUGGUGAAAAUUCCAAAACAACACCGCCUUCAGUGUUCUUCCCAGUCUUUGUCAGAUUUGUAAAAGCCUACAGGCAAGCAGAAGAAGAUAAUGAACAAAGGAAGAAACAGGAGCAGGCCCUGAUGGAGAAAUUGCUAGAACAAGAGGCUAUGAUGGAACAGCAAGACCCGAAGUCACCUUCACAUAAAAAUAAGAGGCAGCAGCAGGAUCUGAUUGCAGAGCUGAGGAAGAAGCAAGUUAAAGACAGCAGACAUGUUUAUGAGGGGAAAGACGGUGCCAUUGAGGAUAUUAUUACAGUGCUGAAGAGUGUGCCCUUUACUGCCCGAACAGCCAAGCGUGGCUCUCGUUUUUUCUGCGAGCCUGUUCAUACUGAGGACUUCCAUUACUAAAACUAAACACUUUCACAACUGAUGUUCUUAAAAGUUUGCUAUCUUAGAAACCAGCCCUACAGGCGAGCCGAUGCGGUGAGGAGAAGUGUCCGACGGCGUUUUGAUGAUCAGAACUUGCGCUCAGUGAACAAUGUGGAAAUCACUCUGUGAGCAAGGGAAAUGCAUGUGUCAAGAGGGGGUGUGAAUGAAUGUCAUUACGUCUGUGUGAAGAGUGAGUAGCAGUUUGGACUCGACGGGCUUAAAGACGGGGGUAAAAUGGGCUCUCCCUCAGAAACUGAGAAGCUCUUUGAGCAGAGAAGCCAAGUGCCUAAAUUUCAAUUAUCUUUUAUUUACUAAAAGCAAUAUGACUUGACCUGGCUUUAUUUUUUAUUCCAAGUAUCUAUUAUCUAUCUCAUUUUUAACCUGGACACACUUUGUCUGUACAGGGGGUCAGUAGUCUUUCUUAUGAAAGGAACGUUCAGAAUGUAAGGUACAGUGGUUUCCUGGUUAUUUGCAGAGGGGACACUUUGUGAAAGUGAUCUACUAUGGAAUGCUAUACUGUAGUAGUUUUUAAAAUAAUCCGGUGCUAUUGCGACUAGGAAUAAAGUGUUACCUGCACUUUUUAAUUAGCUUUUUUUUGUUGAAGGGCUAAUGUGUUUUUUUUUUUUUUUUUAAGAAAGGGUGUCCCAGUCUAUUGUUUUAACUAACAAUAAAAAACUGUUGCACAGUAGCAAACAAGUGUAACGUUGGAAACAGAUUGUGCGGUUCUGUUCAUGAGUACAGUCAAUAUAGUUUCAAGGUGAAAGUGCUGUGAAUACUAAGAGCUGAAGGAGCGUUACGAUACUGGGCAAGACCAGGUUAAUGUGAAUUGUAUAUAGGACACCGUACUAAGGUUUUAACAUCUCAUUAAUCAGUGUUGUCAUUACUGCCAAGGACCAAUACUACACAACUGUCACUGUACAGUGCUAGAUAUUUUCUACUAAAGUAGAACUUAAGUGCCAAUCCAGCAACAUAAACAUUAUUAAAAAUAUAUAUAUAUAACUUAUGUAAAAUAUGAAUCCAGGAAACUGUUUGGGAUUAAAAAUGUAUCGACAUGCUCAUUUAUACUUCAAACACGUUGUAGUAACCACAGGCAAGGCACUACAGGCUACUUUAGUAGUUUUAUCUAAUAAAAACUGGAUUAAAAAAUGUUAUUCUCUGAAAAUGUGUGCUUUGCUUACAACUAAAUCUCCUUGAUUGUGUCUACUUCACUAUCUUUAUUGUAAAAGUUUAAUGUAUAGUAUUUAACCACUUAAUUAUUUUUCAUUGUUUUGCUCAUGUAAACCACUUGGUGUUGAUGGCAUUUGUUUUUGAUAAUGUGUAGUUAUAUUAAGAAAAAAACAACUUUUCUAAAUGUACAGAUAUUUUGCUAUGAAAUUGGUGCAGUUUGUAUUUUUUUUUCACUUCUCUUUUAAUCCACAUAUUAGCAUAUGGUUGAUAUUGUACAUAUUGUUUAAAAAGGUUUUCAACACCCUGUGCUAUAUAAUCUGAAUGUUAUUUUAAUUUAUAGUUUUAUUUUGUAUUUAACAAAACAGUGAACAAGGUUUUGGCUUAUUAGACUGGACAUUAAUUAAACUACUCAUCUGCUUUUUAUCAUUUACACAAUGAUGUAAUUUGUGUGCUAAACGGAACAUGCCAAGAUGUUGUCUCUCUUGCCUGACAAACGGGCAUUAAACCAUUGACAUUCAAAAGUAAGCUAUUUUACUUGUAAACUGACCCUAAAUUAUAGAUAUUUAUAGCAUGUGCAUUAUUUGCUUUACUUAACAAAAAUUAUGGUUAAGUAAAAAAAAAAAGACAGCUGCAACACUUUCAUUUCUUAAAUCAGAUAAUAUUGGCAUGUUCUUAUGAAAUGUAUUUUAGGUGAUACCUGCUUAUUUGCAAUAUUGAACUAGUUUUUAAUAAAGCAAGUUUCAAGUUAAAUCUCUGGUUUCUCAAUGGCUUUCAACAAAUAAACUAAACUAUUUACACAA